AUGGGCCAGAUACAGAUGGCCGUUCUGAAGAAGACACCUCAGCGCGCACGCAAGAAGGUUGCCAAAGACGAGCGGAAGAAUCUACGACUCUGGGCUGUGGGCGCAAGAGAGACUAUACUCAACACACAUCUGCAUGCAAUCACCCUAGCACGUAUGUCGGGCACCUGGGCCGAUGAACGCGAGAAGAUGCAGCAGGCAUGCAAUCAUUAUCACGCUGCUAUUGACUGGCGAACUCCCGACCAUGAAGAACCGGUCGAAGUUCGGGAGUAUGAUCCCAAGGCGCCGCCAGUCCCAGAGAAUCUGUCUGCAGAAGAGACGAUGCAGAAGCGCGCGACAAUUGCGGCGCUGAAUCUCCGCAUUAAUCGCUGGUUCAUCUAUCGCAUACGCCAUUCGCUCAAGCAGCGCCGUGAAUCCACCCUCGAUCCCCGCAAAAGCGCCUAUGCUGUUCUUCUGGCUCGGCUAUCGGGAUUGACACGUCCGCCGAAAGGGCUGCAGGGCUGGCAGCAGCUGAUGCGCGAGUCAUACCGGGAGAGGAUUGCACCUGUUGUUGAGCAGAGACGUACUGAGCAGUUGGCAAGUUUGGGAGGUUCUGGGAGUGCCAAAGAAGAUUUGAAGUACCGGGCCGGAUUCCGGGCUGAGGUUGCACGUGAAAUCUUUGACGGUCUAUCGAAGGAAGAGCAGAACGCCUUGAAGGAGAGAGCAAGGGAGGAGGCUGAUCGGAAGCGAGAAGAGUAUCAAGAUUCAUUGAGGGAAGGGCCAGCACGCGAUUCUGAGAGUCGUCAUCUUGCAAUCGAACAAGUGCCGGGGUUCAUCAUGCCCAUCCUGAAGGGUAUCAUGGACGCCACUGGUCUCUCUAGCACACUCAUCUUGGGUGGACCAAUGCCGGAGUUUGGAGGAGAGAUUCGCGCUAUCCACUGCUCUUAUGGAAAAGAAGGAACAAGCAAUUGGGCGUCAUCAGAUCGACAACGCUUCUCAUCUCAGGUGCUCGAUUUCAUGGUAGCGUUCCUGAAAACGCAAUACACUGAGCAGGAAUGUGCGGCCGCUGCUUUGCCAAACGAUUCGGAGGUGCUUCAGAAAACCGCUCUCAGCAAAGCCCUCUACACCAUACCUGCCCAUGACGACACUGCUGCUAGCGAUAGCUCCGAAGACGAGGAGGAUCCUUGGUCCUCGGGGACAGAGAGCGAGGAUGACCAAGAUGCAAUUACACUUGCUGAGGCUGCAAAGAAGAAGAAGGCGCGGAUGAAGAGAAGGAAGACUGCGAAGUCUCUGGUCGACACGGCCGAUGCCACACAGCCUGUCAAGAAGUCGAGGGCCAAGGUGCCGAAACCUCGAGUCAAGAAGCAGAUGGGCGGGGAUGAAGCGGCUGUACCUGUGGACGAGUCUGUAUCCCUGCCUGCCCCGGAACCAGCACCGCCCGCACCAACGCAGAGAGCACCGGAGAUGGUGACAUACGAGUAUGGUGACAAUGUCGGCACUGUCACGUAUCUGGAUCGAUGGCCUGGAAUCCCGGAUAGCGAUUUGGCGCCAAUGAAGGUUCGGGAGCGCAACAUUGCCCGUAACCAGGCAGUGCUCGCAAAGCUUGACCUGAUUGGUGCCACGACGGCAAUGAUGGGAGGGAACAAGGACGGGGGAUCAGGCUCAAAGCGGGGAGCGGGGGAGAUGGAUGAUACCGAGAGCCCGGUGCCAAAGCGGACACGUCAGGCCAAGCCAGUGGAGAUCUCGAGCAGGAAGACACGUUCGUCCAAUGUCCCCACCAUUCCCAGCAAUCCAGCAUCGCCAAUCCCCGACGCACCCAUUCCCGAUGUGCCAAUCCCCGACGCGCCCAUUCCCGCCGAUGCGACCAUUCCCGCCGAUGCGACCAUUCCCGCCGAUGCGACCAUUCCCGCCGAUGCGCCCAUUCCUGCCGAUGCGCCCAUUCCCGCCGAUGCGCCCAUUCCUGCCGAUGCACCCAUUCCCGCCGAUAUCCCCGCCGAUGAUAUCCCCGCCGAUGCGCCCAUUCCCAUUGAUGUCCCUGCCGAUGCGCCCAUUCCCGCCAAUGCGCCAAUUGCAAUUGCGACUGCCACUGUUCCGAUCAUCGCCAAGGCCGCUGCUGUCACUCCUUUGACAAUCGCCGACGACAUUCCGAAGGUUCGUCGAGUGCCGCCAUGCCCCGCGGGCGCACCUUCUUGGUUCACAGCUGGUCACGAGUAUCUCACUGCUGUGGACCUCGGGCUUCAUUAUGAUGCUGUCAUCGCUGCCUGGGGCCGUAUGGAGAAGGCGUCCAAGUUUGAGUCUUCCCCGACCGCUCUGCCCAGCAAGAAUCGACCCAAGGCUCUGAGUGGCUGGAUAAGCAGUCGUCGGAGACGCGUGCCAGAGAUCCCAAGUCUGUCCGCAUACGAGAAGGACUGGGUGGCUUGGUGGGACAGCAUGCAACCCGAUUGGCGGCAGCGCGAAAAAGAUGGAAAACUGUGGGAUCGAAUGAGUGCCUAUGGCAAGGAUGGGCAGGAAUGGGGUGAUUUGUAUCGGUGGGGUCCAAAUGGUUUGAUGACGGUCGUGGCAUCGCUAUAUUUCUGGGGGAUGAAGGUCAUCAAACAAGGGACUGAGGCCCAGAAGCAAUCAUGGGAAGCAGCGGUGUCUGACGUUGUUUGGAUCAUGGAAGGUAUGGCUACAUAUUACGAACGUUUCGUUGGACAGCGCUGGUAG